GCUAGAAUUGGACACAAGGUUGACAUGAAAGGAACUUUGGUCAAAACGCCGAAUAAAUUUGGAAUAAUCUAUGGCGAAAUUUCCGGUGGUCUGACUUCUUUCGGCUUGCCCGCUUCCUGUAAAAAAAAACAAUUUGUGGACAAAGUAAAACUUAUGGUGAUGUUAAGGGACAGUCUGAAUCAAUUUUUUAAAAACUAUUUGCACGUAACAGACGAACAACGUAAGAAAGUUAAUAGUCUACGGUUGGUUGCAAUGUGA